AACCAACCUUGUUUAAACCGGAAAUGUUUGGUGGGGAUUAGCUUGGACGGGUUAAACCAGACCGGGAACAAACCCCCAGUAAGAGGGAAAUACACCACCGCAGAUCCACUUUGUGCGCCUUUCCGUGCCCGUGAGGAGCUACACAAGAGUGCAAGGCAUGAAGCGAAAGUCCAGGGUUCAAAGCUCUUCUAGUCAUGAAGAGAGAAAAUCAGAGAACAAGAGGAGCACAGUUUUGAGCUCUGACCCAAACAAAAAAGAGGCAACCUGCACGAAGAGGCCUAAGCAUACUUCUUUUACAGAUGCAGGGAAGAAAGAUUCUUUUGUUUUGAAGGCAUGCCAGAAUUCCUUAAAGAAUCAUAGCAGCGGCAACUUAAAUGAAAAAGAGGGAACUUGCACGAAGAGGCCUAAGCGUGAUGAUUGGAGAGGUCAAUCCCCAUGGAAAGCAUACUCGGGCUUGCCUGUUUACUACUGUGCUCCAUCUUGUGGAACUGAAUUUCUAUAUGAUUCAGACCUUUCGGGAGAUGAGGAAGAGUUUGAAGCAAUUGAGUUUCUCAGAGAAAGAUUUGAGGAUGAAACAAGCAGGAUGGAAUCUUUACUUAUUAAAGAGGUGGAGCGUAGGUGCAUUGCGGAGGGUUACUGUCAUUGCAAAUGCGUGCGAGCUAAGAGGAAGGUAACCCAAGAGUUGGAUGAGAUGGCCAAGGAGCGCCGGCGUGAAUUUCACAGGAAUUUCUGUGAGACACCGACUGCGAAACGGCGUGCAAAAUAUCAUGCAAGCUUUUGUUACCCGUUAACAAAGGGGGUAUGUGGGAAUGUGAGGCUUCCCGAUUGUGAUUGCAAACAAGGCCGAGCUCGGAGGAAGAAGAAAUUGGAAGACAUGUCGAGCGGAAACGUUUAUGGCCCCUAAAGCAAUCUCGUCCUUUGCCGUUCUUAUUAUUACUCCGUAAUAUAUUUAUUUACAGUAUUUAAUUACUCUCUACCCUUUAUUUAUAAAUCUAAAACGCUAACAUUAAUCUCUAACGCUAUUCUCAACCAGACUCUUAUUUACCUGGAGUUUGAGUUAGAUGUUGUUGGAAUAUAUUACUCUACUUAUUUAUGAAUUGGUGGAUGUCCUACUUUUUUAAUUCCCCUACUUAUUUAGAUUUAUGAGAAAUGAAUUUGCGGGUUGUUCUGCAAUGCCAUACUGUACGUCUGUACCUAUAUAAUUUCCAGUUGAUUGACAGGCUCACUAUUUGCCUUUAUUUAACAAAAGGAAUUUUUCUCAAGCAUCCUCUAAAUAUUGAUGGAGAGGUAGUCCGCCGUAUCACUAUGACUGACACCCCUUUAGAAUCUCUCUUCCCCAACAUAUGUAGCUUCAAUCUCAGGGCUUAUCAUUGGUUCCAUGUCUGAAUAAGGUUUUUGACGUUAUUUCACAGCAUCACUAAGCUCUCUUGUUUGGUGGCACCCGAUGAGCACUCAGUUAGCACUGAAGAGAUUAAGAAUCUAAAGUGUGCGGUCCUUCCCCUAGGCAAAACAAUGCUAUUAUGAAGGAUGUGACAUUCAAGACUACCUUACUAUUUGACGUUAGAGAGGCAGACAAUGAUUUCUAGAGAAAUAUUUUUCCAGUUCCACUGUAACCAUUCAAAAAAACUUCUUCAUUCAGCUCUCAAGACUUCUAUUAUUUCAUUAUAUAUAUUCCUCUUAUCUUCAUUCUUCGUAGAUAAAUAUCCCCCAAGAUCAAAUGAUAACUUUUCUUUGUCAUAGUUCAAUUCCUCUACCAAUAAAUUAUUUUGAUUCUA